UUGCUGCAGGUUCUUUCAGGUCUGCGUGUCUUUUCUCAGCACUUUGCAAGGCUAGAAAAGGAGGAGGAAUCUGUUCAGAAUCCCUGCAGGACAGGAAAAGGAGGGGAAAUCUCAACAUGGGAAAAACUCUGCAAUGAAAAUGAAGGAAUGUCUGAGAACCAAGGAGAGAUGGAAUGUAAAGAACAGCCACAGGGUGGGAAGCCAGAAGUAGCUUGUACUUUGGAAGACAAGGAAAAGUUAGAAAACGAGAGGAAGACAGAAGAUGAGGAAAUACUAAAGGAUAAGGAAAAGCCAGAGAGUAUGACAAAGCCAACAGAUGGAAAGCCAGAGAGUGAGGGAAAGCCAGAGAGCGAGGGACAGCCAGUGAGCGAGGAAAAACCAGUGAGCGAGGGAAAGCCAAAAGAAGAAAAAUCAGAGAGUGAGGAAAAGCCAAAAGGAAAACCAGCCAGUGAACCAAGGGCUGCAGAGCGCCCAGCUGGGGACGAUGUACCCAGGAAGGCCAAAAGAAAAACCAACAAGGGGCUGGCUCAGUGCCUCAAGGAAUAUAAGGAGGCCAUACAUGAUAUGCAUUUGAGCAAUGAGGAGAUGAUUAGAGAAUUUGAUGAGAUGGCCAGGGUGGAGGAUGAGGUGAAGAAAACCAGCGAAGUUGGGGGGGUUUAUGUGGAUGCAAAAAAGCUUACAGGAUCCCUUCCACCCGAGGGGCCCAAGGGAACUCAGGGGUGGCUGCAGGGCCCCACAAAGGGGCUUUGAAGACAUUCCUUUUGUGUAGUGUCCCUGGCAGGCAUUUGUCAGGCCACGUGCUUUAACCUUACGCUAAUACUUGCUUUAGCGAUCACUAUUAGUCCUCGAUGUUUCAGUAGUAGAUUUUUGUCCAUUGCAUGGAAAAAAUGUUUAUGGCACAUUGUAAAUUAAAAAGAAAAAGUUUGAUGAACCAUAUAUAUGCCAUCAGUCCAUUUUUGUAAAACUACAAAGGUAUUUACCUAGUGAUCUGUGUACAGAGAAAGCUCUGAAAGCUGUGUCCUGGUUAUCUGUGGUGAUUUUAUUUCUGUUUUUUUUUAUCCUGUGUAUAUUUUCUCCUAAAAAACACAGGUCACUUUCAUCAUGAAAACAAUGAAAUAUAAAAAGUAGGAAAACAAUGUAUACCCAGCAACCAAAAUCACUGUUGAGUUAGCUUAUGGAUGCAGUGGAGACACCUAAAAUUCAUGGUCAGGAUGUAAAAUGUUUUGUAAAACUCCUAUUAAAUUUGGCACUGGAAGUUGGAAUACUCAACCUGGCUGUUACUACAGAUCCAUUGCUGUAAAAGACAGGUCUUGUCAUCUGUCAAGUGGGGUAAAACUUGCCUUCUAAGGCUGUGGAGAAGAUCAGAUGAAGUAAUGAGUGUGUGAGCUGUGUGGGGGCUGACUCCUACCGUUUGCCCUGCAGUAGCAGAACGAAAACUCUGUCAGAUGUUUGGGAAAGGGAUGAGGGAGGUCUCACUUGCGUCCAGGAAUAAGUUCAGACAGGUAAAAGGUGGGGGUCACUCUCCUCUGGGUAAUGCCAUGUAUCUUGGGCACUGUGCCCCUUCUGAGGGGCUCUGUACCCUUCUGAAGCCCCCAUUGCUACUGGUGGGCUGGAGACCAUGAUGGACUAAGGCAACACUGUCUCAACAGGAAGGUGGAAAAUUCCUUCUCUACCUACAAUAGUUAUCCUAAUUCAGGUGGGUAGUAUCCAAUUGUUACUUGGGCCUUGAUAUUUUAUAAAGAUUUUUAUAAAACAUUGCUUUACA